AUGUCGACAGCCCAGAGCUCUGCCCAGAAACGCAAAAAGCCUUCCUCGGCGUGUAAACGCUGCAAGGACCAGCAUAUCCGGUGUGAUGCGGAGACGAAAGGGCUGCCCUGUUCGCACUGCCGGAGAGUGGGCAACUCUGACUGUCAUAUUGCAAAGACGAAAAGAACACGAGGGAGCAAUGGGCGAUUCGCAACCAGCGAACUGGCCACUGAGUCCACCAUCCAACCCGGCCAGACAACUCGCAUAUCAGAUCGAGUUCCUCCAUUCUCGAUUGACUUUGAGGCACUGUGCAAUAGCAAUCGUCGACGACGGUAUUUAUCUAGCGAUGGAUCAUCCAGCGGCCAAGAUGGCCUGUAUGCAAGCACGCGCCACCGUCAAGCGUCCGCACCUCCGAUCUGGGGCGAGAGCUGGUAUCUGUCAUAUGUGAUCCAAACGACAAACAGCGACCAAGACUGCUUGUAUCGGCCCAUACAGGAAGACCAGGGGAACUCUGUGGUGGAUCAGCCUCCACGCCGCAGUCACAGGUCGACAAGCACAUCGCCGCACCCUCUACCUCCAGAGCUGGUGAAUGAUCUCCUGCGUGGCUACUUCGCCAUAUUCCACCCAUUCUGUCCCAUUCUAGACCGCGAGGCAUUCCUCGCCUCCGUCAGCGACGGGUCGGUGUCCAAGGUCUUGCUUCGCUGUGUUCUUUUCAUCGCCUCGAUCCACUGCGAUCUGAAGACUAUACACCUCCUGGGGUAUUCAGGACGUAUAGAGGCAGAAGACGACCUUUUCAGUUCAGCAAAGGCUGCAUUUGAUUGCGAACAAGAAAGCGACCGCCUGGUGAUGCUUCUGUGUUCAUAUCUCCUCCACUACUGGUCCGGAUCUGCCAGCCAGAGCAGAGACUCGCUAUGGUGGCUGGCUGGCACGAUUCGCUCUGCGCAAUGCCUGCAGAUGCAUCGCAAGUCUCAGCAAAGGAAUGUCCAGCCAGAACGAGAGCGCAUGUGGCGGCGCAUCUGGUGGUUACUAUACAUUCGCGACAGACAAAUAUCGAUUUCGCUGGGAAAGCCCAUGAUUAUCCAUGACUGUGACUGCGAUGUUGAACUUCUCUCUGAGGAUGACCUCAAGGGUGAAUCCCCAGAAACAAUUGCCUAUGUACUGGCACAGGCCAGACUAUCAAUCGCAGUCUCGAAUGCACUGAGAACGCAUUUCGCACCUUCAAGGGAUGAGACCAUGUCAGAAGCGACACUCAUAUUCGACUCUAUAUAUACAGUGUUUUCAGCAUGGGAAUCGGGCCUCUCGCCUGGCCUACAGUGCCCUUCAACUGGCGAUACUCAGCUCCCACUUAUUCUAAACCUGAAUUCCAAUUACUAUCGCAUAAUCGUCCAUCAGACGUUCCAACGCACGUUCCAAGACCUGCCAGCGCAUUUGACUACCGCCAGCAACGAUGUAAUAAUGGAGGCGGCCGAGCGGAUUACAUCUAUGACUGAAGAUGCUGUCACUCAUCAUAAAGGAAGCCACUUUCCCAUGAUCUGUGUAUCAGCCAUAUUUGCAGCCAUGACCGCGCAAUUCACACACGCAAAUGCCACAAACCACUCUAAUAUCAACAAGAAUGCGCUACUGAGCUCCAUCAAAUACAAACUGCUCGCUUUGAAAGACUUCGAGGAAUGCCACGUACUGGCAGGCUGGAUCCGCCAGUUAUUCUUCGACAUGUUUGACCAACAACGUCGGCAGGACAAGGCUGGCCACAGUCCAGAGGCCGAACGCGAAGACUUAACCAUUUCAAAUUCAGAGACACUGUAUACACUUGAAGACAACUCGAUGGCACUCGACGUGGACAGCAUUAUUGCCGAUAUACCGCGCCAGGCCCCGUGGGAAUUGCCCUACACGAUGUCUAAUGACAAUAUUCUGUGGCACAAUUGGCUACUGGGCUAUCAAGAUGGGGGAUGA